CCUCGCUCCCACCUUCCCCACACUCGUCUUUCUAAUCAAUCGUCGGAUCCCUCUCGUCCCCUCAUCCUCAUCAACAUGUCGGACCUCAGUCGCUCGUCCGCCCCUCGAUCGAAACGAGUUCCCGCUCCACAUGUCUUUCCCCCAUACCCACUACGUCAAGCUCUCACCCUUCUCGUCUCUUCUCCGCAACUAGCGCUGGCAAUCCUUCCCUCUCCACCCUCCUGGCUCUACCACUUCAAGACCUUAAUCUACAUCCUACUCCUUGUGAACAUCGGCUCUUUCCCGCUGAGAUGGCACUACAACCUGUUCAAGCCUGUCAUUGCGACGAUACUCAGGGCAAGACCUUAUAUCCCGCUGCUUCGCGGACAAGAUGAGCAGACGACAAGUCCGAAGACCGGGAGGAAGUUGAGACUCGAAGCCAUCCCGCUUGGCAAAGACAUCUUCGAGGAGAAGGUGUGGCUGCAAUGCCGUGCCACGCCCGAUGAUUGCGACUACCUGAUGCACCUUUCCAACUCCUCCUACCUCUCCCGUCUGGACGAAGCCCGCAGCGCUCUCCUGUUCCCGCACUUCUUCCGUCUAUAUACGGAUGGGGCUCGUCUCCACCUCGGCGGAUCGUCCUUGACCCACCACAAGGAGAUCCCGAUCAUGGCGCGCUACGAGAUCCGCGUCCAAGUGGCCGCAUGGGACGACAAGUGGUUCUACCUUGUUGCACGAUUCACAAGUCCGACGGACCCGGAGACGCACAGGAGUCGACCAGCGGAGGAACCCACCAGUGGCGGCGGAGGAGGGACGUCCACGCCUCGCAGUCCAGGGAUCAGCCUGUCGAGGUCGGCCAGGGAUCUGAGGGAGUUGCUGCGCGACGUGGCACGACCUGAGCAUGAGGCGAAGGCUAAAGCUGCAAAGGAGAAGGAGAAGGAAAAGAGUAAGCGGGGCAAAGCCUCUUCGCAGCAGUCCCUUAGCAUGUCACGCACAGGUUCAGUCGAAGCUUCGAGCCCAACCUCGCCCUCGCGCGCCGAGCCCACUCUCUACGCGACCGUUGUCAGCAGGUACUGUGCCAAGUACAACCGUAAGACGAUCCCCCCCUGGCUGGUCGUCGCCUCCUCCGGCUUCGGCACUUGGGCAUCCACGCGUGCCAACUGGGACAAAGCCGAGACUUGUAGGGAGCGCUACGCCUCCGGUGCUCGGCGGUUGGCCUUGGCCCGGCGAGGAAGUAGCUCUGGCCGUGGAAUAGGAGGGACCGUCAAGCCGAACGAAGCCUUCCUGUCCGCUUUCGACCCGCAGGUAGCCAAGGUGGGGGCUGCUCCCACGGGGCCCGACUCGACGUCGAGCUCUGCUGGCUCGCCAGCCGGGGCUGCGAGUAACGACUGGAUGCACCCUACUGCUUGGUCGCUCGUGGAGUGGGAGGCGAGGCGACAAAAGGGGCUGGAGGAAGUCGCUGGACUCGGUGGGCUUGCGCCUAGUGCUCCGAUGGGUGGGCAACCUGUGGGUAGGAAGGGGACAGCCAGUGGGAGAGCCACACCGGCUGCGGGCAGUGGCGUCGGUAAGAGUGGAUACUUCGAGUGACGGGGAGGCGCGACAGCGGAAACUAGAGAGAGCAGUGUGAUGUGCGAUGGAUGUCAUUGUAGCUUCGAUGUGACAAAUUGGACAUCCACUAGACAAGACAGUACCAU